AUGAAUUGGAACAAAAGCAGGAUUGAAGAGCUCUUACCUAAUCUCUCGACACAAAUCCAAUGCUUACGUCCAGGCCAUCCAGAAACGGAAGAUAUCUUCAUCUGGCAGCCGCUUCCAUCGGGUGUAUACUCAGCAAGAUCGGGCUACUGCACUGCAGUAUCACAAAAACAGACAUCAUGCUCAACACAAACCUUUGACUGGAUACGAGAUGUGUGGAAACAAGAAUGCUCACCAAAAAUGAAAGUCUUUCCAUGGUCGAUCAUCCAGAAAGCACUUCCACUAGGCGAAAAUCUACAGAGCAGAGGAGCAAGGUCAGAGGUAGUGUGCGUCGAAUGUAAGGAACAAGAAACGGCGAUUCAUACCUUCUUUAUAUGCCCAUUCGCAUGUGAAGUGUGGGAUAAAGUCCCUUUGAAAAAUGUAGUUCACAUAGCUACAGGAGAUAACAUUAAAGAGGUAAUAGCCGCAUUCAGAACCGCUUGCUGCCUCCCACCGACAGGUAUAUCCAGAACGAUUCUUCCCUGGAUUGUUUGGUCACUAUGGACAGCAAGGAAUCUACAUAUCUUUGAGAACAGAGUCUUAUCAGUAGAGGAAGUGGCAACGAAAGGUCUAAGCCUAGCUAGAGAGUGGAUCAACGCACAAGGAACGGUACAAGGAGUCAGAGAAGAAAUACCUAGAUCAAUCAAGAGUAAAACUCCUCAGGCGAAUCCACUCCUUGUCAGCACAUGCAGAUCUGACGCUGCUUGGGAUAAAUUGUCAAAAAGGGCGGGACUUGCUUGGAGCAUAACAGGAGGAACACUGAGAAUCGACAGACAGGGAAGCCUCACUGAGAAUCAUGUCUCUUCUCCGAUCGUCGCAGAAGCCCUAGCUCUCCGAUCGGGUCUCAUCGCCGCGGUAGAACUUGAAAUCCCACGGAUCAGAAUGUUCUAUGACAACUCAACGCUCAUCCGAGCCAUCAACUUCGACAUGCAGGCCAAGGAAAUCUUCGGAAUCAUCCGUGAUAUCCAUCGAAUCUCCUCUGCGUUCAUCGAAAUUUCUUUUCAUCAUCUAUCUCGUGAUCUGAUCAAAGAUGUCGAUCAGAUUGCCAAAAGGACCCUACGCGGCCCAGUUGUUUAA